GAGAGCCCAAAGCAGUGUGGGGGAUGCUGACACUUCAUGGUGGGUACGGCGCAGUUUGCGAAAGGCCAGCGAGAUUUUGCAGGGGUUUUUGUGCGCGGUCUUUCGGUUCGUCUUCUCUGAGCUGAACUCAGCGAAGAGGCCGGAGUGCCAACAUGGCGAACGUGGUGCUCGAGUUUAAGGCGUCGGCGGGAGAUUCGGAGCCUCAAAACCGGCCCGUGAUUUUUGUGGGCCAGUUGAGCAACCUGCAGCAAUUGAGCUGGGCGCAGGUGAAGGGGAAACUGCAGCCCGUGGUGAACAAGGAGACGUGGCAGUCAGCCCUGAGUGCCCUGAACCCAAACCCUACCGACAGCUGCCCUUUGUACCUGAGCUAUGCGGCCGUAGCCGCCCUGCCCUCCCGUGUCAGCCGGCACAACAGCCCCUCGUCCGCCCACUUCCUCACCCGGCUGGUGCGCACGUGCCUGCCAGGCGGGGCAAGCCGCUGCAUUGUGAUGGUGUGUGAGCGCACGGAAGUGUUUGCUUCUGCUUGUGCCAUUGCCCGAGCCUUUCCUCUAUUCUCCCGCCGUUCUGGGGCGUCCCGCAGAACGGAUAACAGAGUGGUGACAGUGGAGUUCAUCACGAUUGGCCAGGACAACGGACCUCUUGAUCUCACAACGUUGGAGUGCUUGUCCAAUGCUGCUGAUGGAGUGAGGUUGGCUGCUCGGAUUGUAGAUACCCCCUGCAAUGAGAUGAACACAGACCACUUUUUGGAGGAGAUCAAGGUAGUUGGAGCUGAACUGGGCAUCACUCCAACCAUCAUCCGUGGGGAGGAACUUAAACAAAGGGGCUUUGGAGGUAUUUAUGGUGUGGGGAAGGCUGCGGAACACCCUCCUGCCCUAGCAGUUCUCAGCCACACACCAGAAGGUGCCACUCAGACCAUAGCAUGGGUGGGCAAGGGCAUUGUGUAUGACACUGGUGGCCUCAGCAUCAAGGGAAAGACCACCAUGCCUGGGAUGAAGAGAGACUGCGGUGGGGCCGCUGCCAUUCUGGGAGCAUUUAAAGCUACCAUCAAGCAGGGUUUUAAAGAUAAUCUUCAUGCUGUAUUUUGCCUGGCUGAGAACGCUGUUGGCCCUAAGGCUACGAGGCCUGAUGACAUCCACACACUCUACUCUGGAAAGACAGUGGAAAUCAACAACACUGAUGCAGAGGGCAGACUUGUCCUGUCUGACGGAGUGGUCUAUGCAAGCAAAGACCUUUCUGCUGAUAUUAUCCUGGACAUGGCCACUUUAACUGGUGCUCAGGGGAUCUCAACUGGGAAAUAUCACGCGGCAGUAAUGACCAACAAUGAGCAGUGGGAGGCUGCAUGUGUGCGCGCUGGGCGCAACAGUGGAGACUUGGCCCACCCUCUGGUCUACUGCCCUGAGCUGCACUUUAGCGAGUUCACCUCUGCCGUGGCUGACAUGAAGAACUCUGUGGCUGACCGUGAGAAUGCUCAGAGCUCCUGUGCUGGACUCUUCAUUGGCUCCCACUUGGGGUUCGACUGGUCUGGGGUCUGGGUGCAUGUUGACAUUGCAUCUCCUGUCCAUGCUGGGGAGCGUGCCACAGGCUUUGGGGUGGCCUUACUGCUGGCGCUCUUUGGCCAAGCCUCUGAGGACCCCUUGCUCAACAUGGUGUCCCCUUUGGGUGCUACUGAUGUUCGGCCAGGAGAUCAGAUGGAACGUGACUGCAAGAGGAGAAGACUAGUGUAGCUCUGCUUCACCCACUUUCUCUAUCACUGUCUCUCUCUACCUUUUGCACCAAGUAAACCUCUUUGUCCAUGUCCUCCCACCAUCACCGCCACCUGCUCGCAUUCUGCAGCAGACCCUGCUCUUCUCUAAUGUUCACAAACCACUUUGAUAGGAAGAGCCUUCAGAGAAGUCCUCAAUCUGUUUGCACUCCUCACCCAGUCACCUGACAUCUUUACGUUUUUGAAGUUGGAACGUUUUUGAUAUUUUACUAUCUUUUAACGUACUGCCUCUGUUCUGUAAAAAAAAAAAAAAAAAAAACCUUUGAUAGGUCUGUGUGGCACUCGUGCUGCCUUUUGGUGGAGGACAUGGAAUGGAUGAAACAAGCAAUCUGUGUAUUUUUUUUUUUUUUUU